UUACAACGACAGCAAUACCGACGACAGCCCGAACGAAGUCAGGGGCAGACUUGAUCUGCGCUCCCUGCUCACGACAGCUCAAGUCGGACGGCAUAAAUAGUCGCAUGGGAUUAUGGCCGUGCUAUUGAAGGGGCGACGGAGCGGCUUUGCCCACCAGCACUUCGAGCUCUUGUAAUUUCGACUCGAGCGCAUUCGAGUUGGGCACGGUCUCGACUUCGUGUCGAAGGGUCGCCAAUUGCGCCGCGAUGCCUCCGAGUGCGUCGGCGGCUUGCAGGCGGUCGUGAAGCCGCCCAAGCGCUUCCUCGCGGGCCAGGGUCAGGGCCACGGACAGCUCCGAGUGCUGCGCAAGUGGAUUGAGCUCGGCCCGCGCGGCGUGCGGAGACGUUGUCGGCGAGUGAAUCUUGACAAACGUUUUCGACGCAGCCACAUGGCCGUCGCUCGAAACGUCGUGGCGCUUUUGGCAGUUCAUGCAGAACCCUACGCGGACAACUGACGUCCUGUUGGGACAACGUGCAAUGGUGCAGACCUUUCCGAAACACGUUGGGUUUGUAGUCGCGGCACACUUGCUCGGUCGGGGUUUCGUCGCAGCCCCAUCGCGCGUCGAUGGCCACAUGCGUCGCGCAUGGCACUUGAAUCGACAGCGACGCCUUGAGCUCCAUGGGCGACAGAAGGCUCGCCGUGCCGUGGCUAGGCUGCCUCGAAUGCCGACGUGGCGAAGACAUGUUGCAACGAAAAGUGAACACGGCCAUCUCUCUCGGCGUCCCCACGCGAAUGUUCCAAACGCUAACGUUCACGCGGUAGCGCCGACCGUUGCUGCCGGCCACCGCGCAGUGGACCGCCGUUGAAACUGCGGGCGUUCAAAAUUUCCACCGCUGUCCAUCCAGCGUCGUGGUCCGAGGCGCAUGCGCUGAGCCAGCCCCAUCAGGACUUGUAUGUGUGUGCAGGGCGAGUCCACUCGACCUGCUUGGGCUUUCUCCUGGCGAGCCCCUAUUCCGUACGCCUGGCUCCAGCAGUGUGGAAAGCAGACAGAGAAAGCGCCCGGGACAUCGAGAGGCCAUGUACCUCCGCAUGGACGAAACUCGCCUGUGGCCCAUGUUUGUUCGACGCUGUUGAUAUUUGGGUAGUUAAAUAAACGCCACACACGCCGUCGGUCGACGACGGGCCUACACGCGAAUGACCGAGUC